UUCUUUCUAUUUCCUUCUAAAAGACUGACCAAUCCAAAUCACGUAAAAGGCCCAACCAAAAAGCGCCGAUACACUUUUCUUCAUAAACCCAACGCUGGAUUCUCCCGAUUGCACCUCGUUUGCCUUCAUUUUCUCCAAUUCGUGAUCCACCUGAGAUCAGUCAGAUCAGUUCGUAGCUUUUCCGGUUGACAUUUUCUUAUGAUUCGUUUGGUGAGACAUCAAAAGCUUGGUAGUUACCCUUUAAUGGUUGUUCAGAUUUUUUAAAAUGGAGGUAGCUUCUGCUAGUUGAAAAUAAAGUAUAGGAGGGCGACAGUCUUAGUUAGCUGAGAAUGUGAAUUAGAAGUAAUUUUUCUAUCAAUUUCCAUGGGAGAGCCACCUUACUUUUCUGGGUUAAGUGAGAAUUCUGAAGCGACUACUAUUGCCGCUAGGAAAAAGGUUUAUAAGAGAAAUUUAGGUGCUUCUGAUUCUAAACCAUUUCCACAGAGUGCUUAUCAAUUCAUAGCUUCACUGGGCUAUGAUAAAAAUGGUGGAGGUGCAGUUGGUCAUGUAGCAAUUUUUGUACUCAAGGUUGCCGCCUUAGAGUCGGUAAGAAGAGUUUCCAGGUCCAAGUGUCCCCCUUUAUGGCAUGGUCUUCAGGCUUUGCAAGUUCUUUGCUAUCCACCUUUUAAGUGGAUUCGUAGAUGGGGUCCCUUGAACAGUUUGGUCAAAGGCAUGCAGAUGUUCUCGAGGCCAUUGUUACUCCUAUCAGUUGCAACAGCAUUCUCUGAACAAUCCAAUAGUGAUAUUGCCUCAAAUGAUGUUGGUGAUUCUCAGGCCCAUUCAGAAACACAUUCAGAGUCAUCCCUUAUACAUUCUUCUCACGAUACUAGGACUGCUGAUGAUAAUCCUGAAAGUAUUGAAACUGAAAAUUGGUUGAUGCAACUCCUAGAAGAGCUAGAAAACCAAGGCAUGACGUUACCAGAAAGAAUUAAUGAGGAUGAGCUCCAUAGAUUUUUUGCUGCUGCAAAUGGUGAUUUUUCAUGCUUCUUAUCAUCAAUUAAGAAGACAAUACGUUGGAGGGAGACUUACAGAAUUCUUUCAGAACAAGAGCUGGAGAUGUGGUCAAAUAUGGUUUUCUGGCAUGGAUUUGAUGUGGAGCGCAGGCCUUGUCUCAUUGUACGCCUUGGACUGGCUUGCCUCAACUUACCAUUUUAUGAGAGACCUCGCUUCGCGCAAGCAGUUAUCUCUCAGGUAGAGCAUGGAGUCCUUCAUUUGGUUGACAAGGAUAAUCCUCAGAUUACAGUUCUUGUGGAUUGUGAUGGAAUAUCACCACUGAGACUUCCUAUGCAGAUAGUGAGAUCCUGCUCUUCACUUCUGCAAGAUAACUUCCCCAAUCGUCUUGGCCAUUUGCUUGUUAUACGGCUUCCUCCAGUGGUUCGAGUCAUUGCCCAAACUUUCAUUCAGGUUCUAAAACCCACCACUCGAAAGAAGUUGAGAAUUGAAGGAAACAAAUACCACAAGGUUAUUUGCGAUUAUAUUCAUAAACUCCCAUCAUAUCUAGGAGGCAACUGCUCAUGUGACAUAUGUUCAACCAUUAGAAUUCAUGCUAUGCGACAGUCGCAGGCCAUAAACGAGAUUCGCAUGAUAGAUUCAACUGAAUAUAUUGGUGAUGGUGAGGAUCUGGCCUCACCACAUCUGAAUUUUGGGGCUGAUGUUCCCAUAAAUGAGAGCUGGGAUCACAUGUGGAGAACUGCUGUAAUAGGCGUCCUCAUGGUAUGGGUUUUUAUAGCUUUGGUUGGCAUAUUACACGAUCCUGAAACCGUCUAGUGUCCUCUGCAGUUUUAGUAUUCUUUUGGAUGUAGCUAUUGCGUAUGCACCAGAGUAUCUGCCGAGUUUUAGCGUUUAUGAAUAGAAGAUCAGCUUUAUAUAGUUGAAUGUUUUAUCUCGUUGAUGAGGCCAUGUGACUGAGUUUUUUUUUUUUUUUUUUCUUUCCAUCAUGUAUUAUCCUUAAAUAAAGCAAUUGGUCAGUAUAAUCUUUAAAUAAAGGAAUUGGCCUUUAAUCC